GCACGGAUUCGGACGCAUGUAAACACACCUUCACAUGACGGCUGAGGCUGAGGUCUCGACUUUGACAGAUGCGUUGAAUUUCCUCUUAUUUCUUCCCUUCUGCACAGGCCUUUACCAUGAUACACAGUCUGUUCAUCGUGAAUUCCUCUGGGGAUGUUUUUAUGGAAAAACAUUGGAAAAGUGUUAUACCAAGAUCUAUAUGCGAUUACUUCUUUGAUGCCCAGAGGAAAGCCAACAACAAUGAGGACAUUCCACCAGUCAUUACCACUCCACAUCAUUACCUCAUCAGUGUGUUGCGCAGCAAUCUUUUCUUCAUUGCAGUUUGUAUGACAGAAGUUCCUCCUUUGUUUGUGAUUGAGUUCCUUCACCGUGUGGUUGAUACUUUUGAAGAUUAUUUUGGAGAAUGUACAGAGUCCAUUAUCAAGGAACAUUAUGUGGUAGUCUAUGAGCUCCUAGAUGAGAUGCUGGAUAAUGGAUUCCCUCUUGCAACAGAAAGCAACAUCUUAAAAGAGCUUAUCAAACCCCCCAACAUUCUACGCACCAUUGCUAAUACAGUAACUGGAAAAUCAAAUGUAAGUGCAACUUUACCAACUGGGCAGCUGAGCAAUGUCCCAUGGCGACGGUCAGGAGUCAAAUAUACAAAUAAUGAAGCCUACUUCGAUGUGACUGAAGAAGUGGAUGCCAUCAUAGACAAGUCUGGGGCUACAGUCACUGCUGAAAUCCAAGGCCAUAUUGACUGCUGCGUCAAAUUGUCAGGGAUGCCAGAUCUUACUCUGUCAUUUGUAAACCCACGCCUCUUUGAUGAUGUGUCGUUUCAUCCAUGUGUCAGGCUUAAGCGUUGGGAGUCUGAGCGAGUGCUGUCAUUUAUUCCUCCUGAUGGGAACUCUAGACUCCUGUCAUACCACAUUGGUUCACAGUCGGUAGUAGCCAUUCCAGUAUACAUUCGGCACAAUAUUUCCUUCCGUGAUGUAGGUGGAGGAAGAUUGGAUGUCACUGUAGGACCCAAACAAACGAUGGGGCGAACAGUUGAAGGGGUAACCCUUGAAGUUCCAAUGCCAAAGUGUGUUCUGAACUGCAACCUGGUUGUGACUCAGGGAAAGUACUCAUUCGACCCUGUGUCCAAGGUGCUGCGGUGGGACUUGGGCCGCAUUGAUCCCACAAAACUGCCUAAUAUAAGGGGGAAUAUCAGCAUACAGAGUGGGUCCCCUCCACCAGAGAGUAAUCCUACCAUAAAUGUGCAAUUCACAAUCACUCAACUGGCUGUCUCUGGUCUGAAGGUCAACCGUCUUGACAUUUAUGGAGAAAAGUACAAGCCAUUCAAAGGUGUUAAAUACAUAACCAGGGCUGGCCGCUUCCAGGUUCGCACAUAAGGGAAAGUUAGAGGGAAUGUAUAUGGAUGCUGUUAAAAUUUCAUUUCUUUAGACUGAUUUUUCUGUAAUAAUUACAUAGAGUUGUAGUUGUUGCAGCUUGUGUUUUUGCAGUUUAUUUGCAAUGAUUAAGUUUGAUAGUUGUUAAAUGUUAUGAGAUAUUUUUUUCUGGUAUAAUACUUUAGUAUUUUUAUUGUGCUUGAUCAAAGGAAAGUAAUUUUUCAUGCUUUCUACUGGUUCUGUUGAACAUUGCAGUAAAGGUAUUCUUGAUAUGGUAGGCUGUGUUCUUAGGUGUCAUAAUUAGUUUUUGUUUUACAUUUUGAGUAUUAAUUAGGCAGUGAAUUAAUAAAGAAAUUGAAGAUUAUAGUAAGCUUAUCCAUGUAAUUUAUAUACAAAGAAGGACCAAGGAACCUGUUUGAUGAGUAGAGGAAUAUGUAAUGUACAAGACUGUAUGUUGCUUUGUCAGAGGUAACCCUAAAAUGAAAGAAAAAAAGACAACUAGUAUAUACUUGAUAUAAUUAACAUGGCAUACAUUGUAAAGAUAAAUGUAGCUGUUAAUCAAUUCUUUAUAUAUAUUUCUUUGAAUGAUUUUUUUUCUCUCAUAGUCUAUUGUUGAUUUUAUGUUAGUAUUUUUAAAGAAUAUUUAUGCAACUAGAAAAAAAAAAUCAAACAAGAUUACACUAAGUUUUAAACAUUAUUCUGAAUUUGUUACAUUUGAACAGCACUCCUUGGAAUCGAGAUGCAGCUUCACAUUUCAUUUUCAUAAUGUUUAUAUAAUAAUACGAGAUGGAACACGACUGCACAGGUCAUUGCAUCAAGUUUUCUGCAAGAUCUUCGCUUUAAAAAUUUAUGAAUGAAUGAUGAAAUGGAUACCAGUGAUAAACAAUUUGAUAAAGCAUGUGUAAAUUAUUUUGCAGAAUACAUUGUCCACAUUUUCCGAAACUUUGCAGAAGUAGGAUGGUGUUGAAGGAGUGCUGUUUUUUAUCAUUAAUCAUAAAGCAUUUUUUAUUUUCUUUCAUAGAAUUACAGGUAAAUUCAUUCCAGGUUUUCCUUUUAGUGUUACUGAGAAUCUCCUAAUUUUUUUCUUGAGUGUGUCUUCUCUCAUUGUAUUUUGAUUGUUAAAUAAAAGUUAUUGUAACUGCUUGAUUCUUUUUGACUGGUAUACUCAAACCCUGAAUGUAAUCAGUUAUUUGAUGAAGAUUGUAGAUAAUAUAAUCUAAAUUGAUCUUGCAAAGGAGA